GGAGAGAGUGUGAGGAUUCGGUGUUUCGUCGUACAUGGGGAAGCGAUUGUAUAUAGUGCGGGUAUAUAGUGCGAAAUUGAAGUAGAUGGCAAUAGACUGAUUAAUACGGUUGUKUUUGACAUUCAAUGUAUAGCCUAUGCAUGGGGACCGGAUUGCACAUUUAUAGCCAUAAAAACAUAGCCAUACAAUACGUUGCAAAGAAGCACAUUUUACCAAAUAACUCGACAUUUGGGUGUUCCCAAACGAGUCGCAACCGACGGACAUACGGGCAUCUUUAUUGGGCGCGUUGAAAGUAUUUAUCCAGAUCCAGAAAUGGCACAGCUAUUGUUUCUUAUAAUUCUGUAUGCUCUGCCAUCUCUUGUUGUGGCCAUGCAUAAUUCAACAACUGGAGGCUGUGCCAUCAUCCGUCCUCCCAGAGACGGAGGCAUCCGCUACAGAGGCCUGACACAAGAACAGAUCCGCAAUGUGCAGAUCCUACCAGUGGACUACGAGAUAGAGUACAUCUGCAGGGGGAACAGGGUCAUAGUGGGCCCUAAGGUCAGGAAGUGCCUUCCCAACGGCACAUGGACCGACAUCACACUGCACAGCAGAUGUUUGCUGCUGUGCCCUCGUGUGUGGACGUCCCUGGAGAAUGGGAGGGUGGCGCUGAAGCCCCCUGGGCCACCGGUGGAGGGCACCGUGCUGCACUACAGCUGCCAUGCUGGCUUCAUGCUGGAGGGCAGGAACAUCACACACUGCACCAAGCUGGGCAAAUGGGACUCACCCAAACCUGUCUGCCUCUAUGACAGAAACUACAAAGGCAAGAAGAAACUCUACAUCGGAGCUCUCUUCCCCAUGAGCGGCGGUUGGCCGGGCGGCCAAGCAUGUCUCCCCUCUGCGCAGAUGGCUUUGGAUCUGGUGAACAACCGGACGGAUAUUCUGCCGGAUUACGAACUGGAGUUGAUAUACUAUGACAGUAUGUGUGACCCGGGUGAGUCCACCAAGUUGCUCUAUGAUCUGCUCUACACAGAGCCCAUCAAGACUGUCCUGAUGCCCGGCUGCAGCUCCGUAUCCACACUGGUAGCAGAGGCUGCUCGCAUGUGGAACCUCAUAGUGUUGUCCUAUGGCUCCAGCUCUCCAGCCUUGUCCAACAGGAACCGUUUCCCCACCUUCUUCCGCACCCACCCCUCGGCCACCCUCCACAACCCCACCAGGGUACGCCUCUUCCAGAAGUGGAAGUGGACCAAGAUCGCUACCAUCCAGCAGACCACAGAGGUCUUCACUUCGACUCUGGAUGAUCUGGAGCAGAGGGUGAAGGAGGCUGGGAUUGAGAUCAGUGUGAGACAGAGCUUCCUCACCGACCCGGCUGUCGCUGUCAAGAACCUCAAGCGUCAGGAUGCCAGAAUAAUUGUGGGGCUCUUCUAUGAGACGGAAGCCAGGAAAGUGUUUUGCGAGGUAUUUAAGGAGAAACUGUAUGGGAAGAAAUAUGUCUGGUUUCUGAUUGGCUGGUAUGCUGAUAACUGGUUCAAGAUCAAAGACCCGUCCAUCAACUGCACCAUCGAGAACAUGACAGAGGCGGUGGAGGGCCACGUUACCACGGAGAUCGUCAUGCUCAACCCCGAGACCGUCCGCGGAGCCUCCAACCUGACCUCACAGGAGUUCCUGGGGGCGUUGAUGAACCGGCUGGGGGGUAAGAACCCGGAAGAGACGGGGGGCUUCCAGGAGGCCCCUCUGGCCUACGACGCUGUCUGGGCCCUGGCCCUGGCCCUCAACAAGACUGUGGCCCCUCUGAAGGCCAAAGGUCGCAGGCUGGAAGACUUCAACUAUAACAACCAUGACAUCACAGCAGAGAUCUACCGCGCCCUCAACACCAGCUCAUUUGAAGGCGUGUCUGGUCAUGUGGUGUUUGAUGCCCAGGGUUCCAGGAUGGCUAUGACCCUUAUUGAGCAACUGCAAGGAGGCAGUUAUAAGAAGAUUGGAUACUACGACAGCUCUCAGAAGAAUCUCUCCUGGUUCGGCAACGAUGUGUGGAUAGGUGCCGGGCCCCCGGCUGACUCGACAAUAGUCAUUGAGGAGUUUAGGUACCUCUCUCAGAAGCUGUUUGCUGCUGUGUCUGUCUUCGCUGGCCUGGGCAUCCUGCUGGGCAUCGUCUGUCUGACCUUCAACAUCUACAACAGCAACGUGCGGUACAUCCAGAACUCCCAGCCCUACCUGAACAACAUGACGGCAGUGGGCUGUAUGAUGGCCCUGGCUGCUGUGUUUCCCCUGGGGAUYGACGGACACCACAUCCACAGGUCCCAGUUCCCUGUGGUCUGUCAGUUCCGUCUGUGGCUGCUCGGCCUGGGCUUCAGUCUGGCCUAUGGCAGCAUGUUCACCAAGAUUUGGUGGGUACACAAUCUCUUCACAAAGAAGGAGGAGAAGAAGGAGAAGAGGAAGCACCUGGAGCCAUGGAAACUCUAUGCAACAGUUGGAGUGUUACUAGCCAUAGACGUCCUGUCACUCAUGAUUUGGCAGAUUGUGGAUCCAUUACACAUCACAGUGGAGGUACAGUGACACUGUCAUAUCGGUCGUACCCCUGGACUUUUUCCUAAUGUUGUUGUGUUACAGGCUGGAUUCAAAAUAGAUUUUUUGUCAAUAC